AUGAUGAAGAAAAACGAGCCUGUUCCAUUUUAUUAUCCUGGAUCAAAGAAACCCAUAUAUGAUGCUAAAGCGGAAGCAGAGAUGGAUGCAAUUAUUGUGUGUGGAAAGAAGGCGUGUAAAACUAAUAGUUUGUCUGUUCUCAAUGAAAUUUUAAAUCGCCAGGGUAAAAAAGAUGUUGAAAUCGACUGUAAAGUAAAAAUGACUACAGAAUCUGUAACAUUUUAUUGUAAUGCUUCUGUUCAAUUAACAGUAAAUGGACCUAAGUAUAGUGGAUAUUCUGAAAAUGAGGAAAGAGAUGCUGCUUAUAAUUUUUGUGCUUAUCAAAUUCUUAAAAAAAUUUAUGAUGGACCUGAAAAAAAUUUAAAAUUAUGUAAUUUUGGUACAGCUAAAAAAGGUGAUAAAACACCUAGGCAAACUAUUAUCUAUGCUCCUACUGAAACUGAGAUAGUUAAAAUUCUUGGUAAAGAAGUAACAGAAGAAAAUGCAAAGUCUUUAUUAAAUCAAGUAUUAGCUAAAGAAGGACAAACUUCAGCUGUCUUUGAUUAUGAUGUUGUACCUGGAGGGAGACCUUUGAGAUUUAAAACUAAUUUAAAUGUUUCAUUAGAAUCUAGUGGUAAAAAAUAUUCAGUUGAAAAGAUUACUUCUUCUAAAAGAACAGGAGCUAUUGAAUGUGCCAUGGAUGUUCUUAAGCAAAUGGCAAAAGAAGGUGAAUAUGUUGUAAGAGAUAGGAAACGUGAACGAAAAAUUGGUUUGACAAAAGCAACAGUUGAAAUAUUAGAUGAUCCUGAUUUAUAUAAUGAUAUUGAGUCAUUCUUUAAAUGGAUGCAGAUAGAACUUCCAAAAUUUGAUGUAGAUUCUAAAGAACCAGUAAUAAUAAGUCCUCCAUCAAUAUUAGAUUUAGAAAAAGAACCUGAAGAUAGAAACAGAGAUUAUGGAAUUAUUUAUGAAGAUCAAGUAAUGUGUGAAUGGUUUCCUCCAAGACCUAACUAUAAUUGUUGGUUAGGUUGUACUUUGUCAAGUAAUAAUAAAUGGUGGAAUAAAGGGUUAUAUGAAAUAUCACAAGAAUUACUUUAUUUGGAAACAAAAAAAAAGAUUAAUGUUAAAAUGGAAGAAAUGCGUCAAAAAUUACCUAUUUUUGCAAAAAAAUCUCAAAUUAUAGAAUCAUCUGAACGUUAUCAAGUUACAUUGAUUAAAUCAAACACAGGAUCUGGCAAAAGUACACAGGUUGCCCAAAUUCUUCAGAAACAUUAUAUUUCAACAUAUCGUGGUGGUGAAUUUAAUUGUAUUAUAACACAACCACGUAGAUUGUCAGCAAUAAGUUUAGCAAAAAGAGUUGCAGAAGAGAGAGGUGAAACUUUAGGACAAUCUGUUGGGUAUUGUGUUCGAUUUGACAAAGUUGAUCCACGACCUUUUGGUUCAAUAUUAUUUGGAACUGUUGGUACAAUUCUUAGAAAACUUUCAUCAGGUUUUAGAGGUAUAUCACAUAUAAUUGUUGAUGAAGUUCAUGAACGAACACUUGAUACUGACUUUUUAUUAAUAAUUUUAAAACAAAUGAUGUGUAAAUAUUCAAAUUUACGUGUUAUCUUGAUGUCAGCAACAGUUGAUACAGCACAAUUUGAAAAAUAUUUAUAUGGUAUUAAUGUCAUUGAACUUGGUGGGACAUCUUAUGAAGUACAGGAGAUGUAUCUUGAUGAAUUUAUUCAAUAUUAUGAAUAUGUACCUAAAGAUUUUAAUAAACCUGAAGAUUUUGAUACUGAUCAAGAAAAAUGGAGUUUUAAUAAUAUUAAUGAUCAGACUAUUGUAUCACCAAUAGCAAAAUAUAUUGCUAAUUGUAUUGAAAGAAAUGAAGAAUUUCCAUAUGAUGUUAUAGUUCAGAUGAUAAAAGAAAGUGCUAAAGUUAUGUAUGAGACAGGUGAAUAUGGAUCAAUAUUAAUAUUUGUUCCUGGAUGGGCUGAAAUUACUACAUGUAUAAAUAGAUUAGAGGAAAGUGAAGAAAAUGAAGUAUAUUGGAGUUUACCAUUACAUUCAAAUUUAACAACAGAAGAACAAAAUCGUGUUUUUCAAUCACCACCAGAUGGUAAAAUAAAAGUUAUAGUAUCAACUAAUAUUGCUGAAAGUUCAAUUACUGUUGAUGAUGUUCUUUAUAUAAUUGAUUCAUGUAAACAAAAAAUGCAAAUGAGGCAUCAUGAUUCUGCUGCUGCUGUUUUUAGAAUAGGAUGGGCUUCUAAAGAUUGUAUGGAACAACGUAAAGGAAGAGCUGGAAGAGUUCGACCCGGUUAUUGUUAUCGUCUUGUUACAAAAGAAUUAUGGAAUUCAUUACAACAACAAUCUGAAGCUGAAAUUAAGACUGCUCCUUUACAUUCUACAAUUUUAGAUAUUAAAGCACUUGGACUUGGUGAUUCUAAAAAUUUUCUUCAACAUUCAAUGGAAGAUAUUGAUGAUAAAAAUAUUUCAGAAUCUGAAGAAUAUUUAAUGCAACUUUCUGCUUUAGAUAAAAAUUGUAAAUUAACUUAUAUUGGUGGUAUCAUGCAACGUCUUCCUUUUACACCUGAUACAGCAAAAUGUAUUAUUACAGCAAUUUUAUUUGGUGUAGUUGAUUCAAUAUCAAUAAUUUCAGGAAAUUAUGGAUCUUCUAAUUCAUUGUAUACAAAUACUUGUGAUCCUAACGAAAUAGCUGACUUUAUUUUAAAACUUUGUGGUGAUUUUAUCAGUGAUCAUGUUAUACCUUUAAUGGCAGUUAAAGAAAGUAUUAGAUCAGAAAGAACUUAUAGUUAUGAUACAAAUAUUUAUGAAUAUAUUUCUGAAUCAGCAUUAAAUUAUUUAUAUAAAGUUAGAAGUCAAAUUUUUACACUUCUUAAAGAACAAUUUCAUGAUUGUUCAUUUAAUGAUUAUGGACUUAUUAAUAAUGAAUCUUCAUGUUCAACUAUGCAUGUUAUUAUAGCACUUUUAGUUAAAUCAUAUUAUCCAAAUGUGGCUUAUCAAAAUAAAAAGCGUAACUUUUUAGAUAUGGAUGGAUUUAAAAUGACUGCUCAUAAAUGUUCAGUUAUUUCAUUAGAUAAAGAAAACUUUGAAAAUAGAUCACCAUUUUUGAUAUAUAGUCAAAAAAUUAUAACAACAUUUGCAAUGUUUAAAGAAUGUUCUGUUGUCUCACCUCUUCAUAUCUUAUUAUUUGGAUCUUCAAAAGUUAUAUAUUGUGGUGGUAGGCAAAUAAGAUUAGAUGAUUGUUAUACAUUUGAAAUGAAUCCUAAACUUGCACAAAUGAUACUUCAUUUAAAAAUUAUUAUUGAUGAAUUAUUACAAUCAUUGUGUGCCAAAAGACAAUUAAAUGAAAAAGAACAGGCUAUGAAACAUUUUAUAAGAAAUUUAAUUGAAAGAAUUACAACAAUGGCUUAUAAGAUAAAUGAUAAAACUUUUGAAAAAAUUAAAUUAGAUAGCCCAACUAAAGUUGAUUUUACAAUAAUAGGAGGAACAACAAAUUGGAUGUAG